AAUGAGUCAAGUAGUGGGUCCAGUGUCAGUGCGAUCCAUGGGGGUUGACCACCUCAAAGACUAAUGAUGUCAGGGGACCCCCAGAGAACCCUCAUGGACUGAGAGAGUUAUUUUUCUCCCCUCCUCUUCACUCCCGUCUCUCUUUAACUGGAAAGAGACCUGGCCUGUAUGUGCCCCCAGAAAUGACACAAACAGCAGCACAAAAGAGAGGGAGUCAUGGGAGAGAAAGAGAGAGUGGGUGAUAGAGAGAGGGGCAGUGUGGGGUAUUGGGGAGGUGGAGGUGAUUAACUAUUAGCAUUCCCCUUUGGUUAACCCUGCACUGUGUGAAAUAUCACUACGAUGAGCACUCUUCAUUGAAGAAGCCCCGCGCUGACAAGCCAAGAGGAGGGUGCCUUUUGAACAGGUUCCAGGGGUUGCCACGGCAAUGCCUGUCAACCGGGAAGUCCUUCACAGGAGGAGGGAGUCGAGAGAGAGGCAGUGAGUGAGCGAGGUCUUAGAGUGGGACUGCCCACAACAUAUUGGGCUUACAUGCAUCACGGAGAAGAUAGAACUUUGAGAGGUGUGGUGUUCCCUGGGAUUCUUUAUCAGAGGUGGAUACUUUGGCAUCUGCACAAAGAUUUGGACAUCAGAGACUAUCCAGGACCAUAACAGAUGACAUGAAGUCUCAGCAUCGUGUGGAAGUCCGGGACCAUCUGAAUGGCUCUUGUAUCGUCUUCUCUGAUGAUGGUCCCUCCAGUCAGCAGCAUCACCUGUCCCCUCCAGACCUGACCCAGGAGGUGGUGGUCAUCUCCCUGGAGCUCCCCACCCCCCCUCUCAGCCCCUUCCGUUCCACAAGACUGCCACCUGUGGAGCAAAUUAAGGUCUCUGAGGUCAAUGGGAGUGGCCCUCUUACUGACCCCCUUUGUUUUGGAUCAUACUAUGGCCCUGCUCAAUCAAAUGGGGGUCUGUCUAAUGGAGUCCAGACCAGGGGCUCUUCCACUCUGCCGCGGAGGGCUGCUACGAGGGAGGAGCGCCUUAUCAAAUUCUCUGGGAUCGGCCCAGUGGAUGAGACAGGGAUGCCCAUCGCCUCCAGAUCAAGUGUGAACCAGCCCAAAGACUGGUACAGGAGCAUGUUCAGACAGAUCCACAAGAAGCCAGAAGAAACUGACGAGGACUCUGAGCGAUGGUCUGCUGAAAGGAGCCGGGCCCUCGCUGCUGACUCAGCCAGUGGGCAGGAGACUCUGACCCAUAUGGACAAUUAUGGAGCCCUCCCUGACUGGAGUGAGCUGGGGGUUGAAGAUACGCUUUCAGACCGAUGGGGGCACCCUCCACAGCCCAGGAGCAUAUUUGACUUUGAGCCUGGACAGAGCACCACAUCAGAGGUCCAGAGUCAGCCUCAGGGUCAGCCAGUGCAGAAGCCCCAGCCGGCUCCACUACAGCCGUCCCAGCAGCUACCCCAGCACAGACCCACAGAGGAACCCUGGUCUCCCAUAGAGAAGCCGUCUAAGCCAUCCGCCUUCGAGGAGUCUCUGCUCUCUGAGCUGAGCUGUUUUGAGGCUGAGCUGGACUCAGACAUCCAAGGUCUGGAGAGAAGACUUUCCCAGAAGAAGCAGACACGACGAGGCCGGGGUGAGGGUGCCAGAAAUGCUGAUCCAGGAACUGCUGCAGGGACAGGGACAACACAGGACAACAGCUCCUUGACUGAUUCAAAGCAACCUCUCCAUUGUCCCAUUGUCCCCACGUCAGCUGUUGCUCAGAGGGCAGCCCUCAGUCCCACACAUGUAGAACGCCUCUCCCCUGCACCUGAAGCCAUGGAGUUCCCACCCAAGAGAUUGGAGAAGCAGAUGAAAGCAGCACGAGCCAAGUUCACUUUCCAGGCUAAGUCACCCAAGGAACUGUCUCUACAGAAGGGGGAUAUAGUUUACAUCCACAGGCAGGUAGACACCAACUGGUUUGAAGGAGAGCAUCAUGGGAGAGCCGGUAUCUUCCCCACAACCUAUGUGGAGAUUGUUCCUCCUACAGAGAAGCCCACGCCCAUCAAGUCUCCAACCAUCCAGGUGCUGGACUAUGGAGAGGCAGUGGCUCUGUUCUCCUUCAAUGCAGACCUGCCUGUUGAGCUGUCCUUCCGCAAAGGCGAGGUGAUCUGUGUGACCAGGCGUGUGGAUGACAGGUGGCUGGAGGGCCGGAUCCCAGGGACCAGCCGGAGUGGCAUCUUCCCCACCAACUACGUCCAGGUUAACAAGUUACCCCGCACCAAAUCAUCCUCUGAUGACUACCCUGCAUGCCCCAUGUCACCCACAUCCCCAGAGCCAAUGAGUCCAGGACGCCCUCUACACUCACCUUGUUCGCCUUUGACCCGCUCGCCUCUGAGUCUGACCCCCUCGUCCCGCAGCCCUGAACCAGGAUAUUCCCCCCUGAAGCCGUCCUCACCCAUACCCCAUGGGAUUGUAGCUUCCCAUUCACGCUCAUCCCCCCAGCCCUCACUAUCCAAAAAAGCACCCAAUCCCUGGCCACACCCCACUCCUGGGGCUGCAUUCCCCACCACCCAGAACAACCACUGGGGAGGAGCACACCCGGCUUUGCACAACUCCAUUGGCAGAGCUGUUUCACCAUCCAAUCAGAUAUCACCAUCUGCCCACAGGGGAAGAGCAGCCCCGACCAAUACCCCCAAACCACAAACGACCAACAAUGCUGGCUCAACAGUGAUGCAGCACCAACCAUACAAGGCAGUCUACAACUACAAACCACAGAACAAAGAUGAGCUGGAACUGAGAGAGGGGGACAUAGUACAAGUGAUGGAGAAGUGUGAUGAUGGCUGGUUUGUAGGUACGUCAAAAAGGACACAUGCCUUUGGGACUUUCCCAGGGAACUAUGUGACACCAGCGUAACUGCUUCACUCUGCCUGUCCACUCCACAACCACUUGGGUGCUGGACAUAUUUAGACCAGCUUGCUUUAACCAGCACAUCAAAUCACUCCAGCAGCCAUAUGAUCAACCCCUGACCCCAACACACCCCUGUCCUCCCCCUUUCACCAACCUGGUUAAGUCAGGUGUGCAUGUUCACGUCAGCCAGUGACCACAGCUGUUGGCCAGUGUGGCGAUGGAGGCAGGAAGACCGUGUUGUUUUGAAACCUCACCACCAGCAUGUGUGUUCCAUCACUGAAUAGACUUGGAGUUUUCACAGACACUGCUUGAUUCGGAUAGAAUUAAUGCUGAUGAUGAUACUGUUCCAGGUGUAAAGAAAUAACUUUGUCCUCAUUGACUACAAUCAUUUAUUAUAGCGACAACUCAAAUGACAUUCCUUCAGUACAUUUAAGCUACUGCUUUUAUACAGCAAUGGACCUCCAGCUAUCCUCUUACGGAGUGUCCCCCUUAGCACGCACCUGCUCCUCUUUCUGUCACCCAAGUGCCAUCACAGACGCAAAUGCCAGAGAAUAUCAUUAGUCUGACUUUCUCUAUAACGGAAUGACAGCAUGAAUGUUGCCUUUGAAAUGUCUUCCUCCAUUUUGAUUUCAGAUCUAUAAAAAUGUCCUGUGUGUGUCCAAGGCUCCACCACACCACUGAUAUGACCGUCCAAUAUACAUGAAGGGAUCACUUACUCUAUUGUUUUCAACAAUGCCAUAAAAUAUUUGUUCCUUAGUUCUGUUAAAAAUAAUUGUUAAAGCCUGUAUAAGUACUGUAUGCAGCAGAGCAAACAAUGUAUUCAUGUCCUUCAGUGUGUUAUUGUUAGCUACUAAUGUAUUUAAUGAAGCACACAGGUCAUGAUUCAGCCAUUUGUGCAGCUUGUAUUUCUGUUGAGAACAGGAAGUGUUGAGUGUCAAAGUGGAAGUUUAAUACAAUGGAAGAGAAGCAGAGGUAUCUUUAUAAAGAUCUGUUGACAUAACUCCCAAAUGAAUGCAACAUGGAAAGUCUUGACAAAACAGAAGUGGAGCUACAUCAAUUGUAUCAAUUCAGUGGAACCUCUGCCAUUUUUAGGCCAUGACCCAUGGGAUAACAAAAAGAGAUGUCUCAAUUUGCUUCACUUUGGAGCACAGAUCUUUUCUAAAACUAGAAUCCUGCAACAUCAAACCCACAAUGGUGUUCAAACAUUUCAAAAGGACAGAACAGUAAAAUGGACCCGUAGAUUGAUUCCUAGGGCUACUGUACAUUUGAUUUGGUAGAUAAUUUCCACUGAGCUGUUUGUUUACUACUGUUUCUAUAAUCUGUUGCUUUGCAAAUUAACAAACUUGCUUUUACAUAUUAAGAGCUAAUCGGAGGUGUGCAUACAGUACAAGUGUAACCAAUGGAAAAUAUAAUAUGGUAAGCAAUUAAGCAGUCCUUUUACAAACCCCUAUUAUGAUGUUGCCAACUGAAAUAUUUCUCUGCUUUGUUCAUUCUUACCAUUGUAAAACUGCACCAUACCUUUUCUAGCAACAAAAUGUACAGGGUUUUAACUAUGUAUCAGAUAACAAAUAUAAUAUAUUUCCUUUAAUACCAAGCAAUUUCUCAUUAUCUAUGAUACACACUAUGUAGUUCAAAUAAACCAUACAGAAUGAUGAUUAAGCUGUUUUGAUGUGC